AUGGACCCCGAAAUGAACAAGCUCCUCAAAUGGAGUGUCACCAACUCACAAGCCUCUGCCGGUGCUGAGGGAGAAGGCAGCGCCCCCAAUGCCACCGAAGCCGCCAAGACCAUGACCCCAGAAAUGCUGAGCCGACUCUUCGGCGGACCCUCCGACGCCGAUCUGAUGCGCGCCGCCAUGGAAGUUGUCCACGACCCCGAGACCGAUCUGGAGAACAAGUUGAUCGCAUUUGACAACUUUGAGCAACUCAUUGAGGGAAUUGAUAAUGCAAACAACCUGGAACCCAUGGGUCUCUGGACCCCACUCGUCCAACUCCUCAAGCACGAAGAGACCGAAAUCAGACGCUACGCGGCUUGGGCUAUCGGCACAGCUGUGCAGAAUAACCCCAAGGCACAGGAUAAGCUCGUCCUUCUGAACACAAUCCCCGACCUCGUCACUAUCGCCACAUCAGACGCCAACCAGGCCACUCGCAAGAAGGCCGUCUACGCUCUCUCUUCCGCUGUUCGCAACUACCAGCCCGCUAUGACCGAGCUCAGCAAGAGCCUGCCGGAAGGGUACCCUACCGACACCGAUGCUGGCGACAUGGACGCCGUGGACGUUGUCAUGGACAAGUUGCGCGCUACCCCCAUUGAAGCAUCCGCAUGA